UGGUGCUCGCUGCUGCUGCUGAGAGGAGGAGGAGGAGGAUGAAGAGUUGGGCUUGUUUGUCUCCCACAGUUUCUCUCCUGCUGCUCUGAUUCCCCCUUCCCUAUUCCGGCCCGGGGCCUGUGUGUGUCUCUCCUGGAGGAGGAGGAGGAUCCAGUUCCUCCCCCCACCCCCCUCCUCCCCACCCCCCCUUGCCUGGGGAAGAGGAGGAAAGAAACAGCCCAGAGAGAGAGAGCGAGAGAGUGAGAGAGAGAGGAGAGGAGGAGGAGGAGGAGGGAGAAGGGAACAACCUACCAUCUUAACACACUAAUAUCUAAAAAGUGCGAGAGGCCCAGAGCAGCAGCAGAAGCAGCAGCAGCAGCUCCAGCUUCUUCCCUCCCUCCCCAUGAAGAAGAGUUCCCUCCUCCUCCUCCUCCUGCUUCUCCUGCUCAGAGUUCCUGCCUCCAGCUGCCAGGGGGGACAGCCAGCCAGCAGCAGGAGGGGGGCUAGAGAGCUGAAAGAGAGCCAGUUUCCCCAAAAUUGGACUUCUCAGAACCUUUAAUAUGCUAAUGUGCAUUGUGAAUCUCCAAGAGGGGGAUAUGAUAUGCAGCAUUCUUGAAUACUUCUAAUGACAGGGAGCCCACUACCUCAUAAGCUGCAGUGAGAAGAGGAGUUUGUUGUUUUAAACGGAGGCUGAAGAAACCAUAGAAUUAGCAGACAAAAGAGAAAGUGGAGAAGGUAGAGGAUGGAGUUGCAGACUCUACAGGAGGCUCUUAAAGUGGAAAUUCAAGUUCACCAGAAACUGGUUGCUCAAAUGAAGCAGGAUCCACAGAAUGCUGACUUAAAGAAACAGCUUCAUGAACUCCAAGCCAAAAUCACAGCUUUGAGUGAGAAACAGAAAAGAGUAGUUGAACAGCUACGGAAGAACCUGAUAGUAAAGCAAGAACAACCAGACAAGUUCCAAAUACAGCCAUUGCCACAAUCUGAAAACAAACUACAAACAGCACAGCAGCAACCACUACAGCAGCUACAGCAACAACAGCAGUACCACCACCACCACGCCCAGCAGUCUGCUGCACCCUCUCCCAGUUUGACUGCUUCACAGAAGACUGUAACUACAGCUUCUAUGAUUACCACAAAGACACUACCUCUCGUCUUGAAAGCAGCAACUGCGACCAUGCCUACUUCUGUUGUGGGCCAGAGACCUACCAUUGCAAUGGUGACCGCCAUCAACAGUCAGAAGGCUGUGCUCAGCACUGAUGUGCAGAACACACCAGUCAACCUCCAGACGUCUAGUAAGGUCACUGGGCCUGGGGCAGAGGCUGUCCAAAUUGUGGCAAAAAACACAGUCACUCUGCAGGUUCAGGCAACACCUCCUCAGCCCAUCAAAGUACCACAGUUUAUUCCCCCUCCUAGACUCACUCCACGUCCAAACUUUCUUCCACAGGUUCGACCCAAGCCUGUGGCCCAGAAUAACAUUCCUAUUGCCCCAGCACCUCCUCCCAUGCUUGCAGCUCCUCAGCUUAUCCAGAGGCCCGUCAUGCUGACCAAGUUCACCCCCACAACCCUUCCCACAUCCCAGAAUUCCAUUCACCCCGUCCGUGUCGUCAAUGGGCAGACUGCAACCAUAGCCAAAACGUUCCCCAUGGCCCAGCUCACCAGCAUUGUGAUAGCUACUCCAGGGACCAGACUCGCUGGACCUCAAACUGUACAGCUUAGCAAGCCGAGCCUUGAAAAACAGACAGUUAAAUCUCACACAGAAACAGAUGAGAAACAAACAGAGAGCCGUACCAUCACCCCACCUGCGGUACCCAAACCAAAACGGGAAGAGAAUCCUCAGAAACUUGCCUUCAUGGUGUCUCUAGGGCUGGUAACACAUGACCAUCUAGAAGAAAUCCAAAGCAAAAGGCAAGAGCGAAAAAGAAGAACGACAGCAAAUCCAGUAUAUAGUGGAGCAGUCUUUGAGCCAGAGCGUAAGAAGAGUGCAGUCACAUACCUAAACAGCACAAUGCAUCCUGGGACCCGGAAGAGAGGUCGUCCUCCAAAAUACAAUGCAGUGCUGGGGUUUGGAGCCCUUACCCCAACAUCCCCCCCAUCCAGUCAUCCUGACUCCCCUGAAAAUGAAAAGACAGAGACCACAUUCACUUUCCCUGCACCUGUUCAGCCUGUGUCCCUGCCCAGCCCCACCUCCACAGACGGUGAUAUUCAUGAGGAUUUUUGCAGCGUUUGCAGAAAAAGUGGCCAGUUGCUGAUGUGCGACACGUGUUCCCGUGUGUAUCAUCUGGACUGCUUAGACCCUCCUCUGAAAACGAUUCCCAAGGGCAUGUGGAUCUGUCCCAGAUGUCAGGACCAGAUGCUAAAGAAGGAAGAAGCAAUUCCAUGGCCUGGAACUUUAGCAAUUGUUCAUUCCUAUAUUGCCUACAAAGCAGCUAAAGAAGAAGAGAAACAGAAGUUACUUAAAUGGAGUUCAGAUUUGAAACAAGAACGAGAACAGCUAGAGCAGAAGGUGAAGCAGCUCAGCAGCUCUAUAAGUAAAUGCAUGGAAAUGAAGAAUACCAUCCUGGCCCGGCAGAAGGAGAUGCACAGCUCCCUGGAGAAGGUAAAACAACUGAUUCGCCUCAUCCACGGCAUUGACCUCUCCAAACCUGUAGACUCUGAGGCCACUGUGGGGGCCAUCUCCAAUGGCCCAGACUGCACCCCCCCUGCCAAUGCCACCACCUCCACACCGGCCCCCUCCCCAUCCUCCCAGAGCUGCACAGUGAACUGUAACCAGGGGGAAGAGACUAAAUAACAGAGCCCCCCUAGGAGAAGCCACGGGAUCCCGGCGGCAAGCAGAGGCAAAACACUGAAGACUCUAGAAAAGCAAAGCCGGAUUUCUUCUGGAAAGUGCAGAAUUCUUUUGGUUCUUUGGUUCCAGAGAGAGAGAAGAUGCUUGUGCCAGGUGGCACCAGAGUUUGCCAAUUGAUCCUUCUUAUUCUGUGUGUACAUGCAAAGAUUGGACCAUGUUACAUGAAAUAGUGCCAGCUGGAGGUUCUUUGCCAGCACCAUGCCAAGUGAAAUAAUAUAUUUACUCUCUCUAUUAUACACCAGUGUGUGCCUGCAGCAGCCUCCACAGCCACGAUGGGUUUGUUUUUGUUUUGUGGGGUGGGGAGCAGGGACGGGCGGAGGGAGGAAAGCAGGUUUCAGAUCCUUAUUUGCCAGAGAGGUUUGUUUAGGUAGAGAAGACAAGUCCAAAGAGUGUGUGGGCUUUCCUAUUUCUAAACUUUCUCACUACUAUAAAACCAAAAAAAGGAAAUUGAGAUUUAACCAACCCCAG